AUGGCUGCCACACUGCUCCGGGAGGAGCCUCGGCUGGGCAGCACCCCGCUGGCCAUGCUGGCCGCCACCUGCAGCAGGAUCGGUGAGACCGGACCCUCCUGCUCCCCUGCUCUCUCCGACGGAGCCACGGGACUCGCAAGGGGCUUCCACUCGUGGAGAGGCGGCUCCCCGGGCAUGUGCCUCGCUUCUCUCGGGGUUCCCUCUGGGACCCCCAGGAGCAGCGGGCCCGGACUGACGGAGACCUCCAGCGCUUUUUCGGUGACCACUGCCAACUCUCCUUUUGGAAACGAUUUUUCGAUGUACCAGCCCACUGUGCCGUCAGACAGCAAUAUACAGGAUCACACUCAUGCGCAGCGGUCUAUGUUUCUCAGCAAGUUCCCCUCCUCGGUGGAAGGCAUUACCGGGAUAUAUCCGAGGAUGCACGCACACCCCUAUGAGUCCUGGUUCAAACCGGUGGGAGAGGUCGGUAACGGAUCAUCUGCUUGGUGGGAUAUGGGCACCGGCUGGGUGGACGCACAGCCACCUGCCCGGUUGCCCUCACCUCUGGGCGGCUACAGCACUGACUACAGCUCCUCCCGCUCCUCCUCACGACGCUACUCCGGCAGAGCCACAUGUGACUGCCCGAACUGUCAGGAGGCGGAUAGCCUGGGUCAGGGGGGCUCGAGCCCGCGUCGGAGGGCCCUGCACAACUGUCACAUCCCUGGCUGUGGCAAAGUCUACGGCAAGACCUCCCACCUGAAGGCCCACCUGCGCUGGCACACCGGGGAGAGGCCGUUCGUCUGCAAUUGGCUCUUCUGCGGGAAACGCUUUACGCGCUCAGACGAGCUCCAGCGGCAUUUGCGCACGCACACCGGGGAGAAGAGGUUCGAGUGCUCGGUCUGCCGCAAACGGUUCAUGCGCUCCGACCACCUGAGCAAGCACGUCAGGACGCACGGCGCGGACGGCUCGGACGACGGCGGCGACGCGGGACUCGGUAAAGUGAACAGCGACACGGACACCAGCCUGUCCGGGAGCCCGAGCCAGUCCCCCGGGCUGCCCGCGCGUGAGACUGUCCCCCCCGGUGAGGGACAGAGGGCGGUGGAAUAAAUCACACAUACACAAACAAGUGGACAUUAGAUUACACUGAACCAGAGGAGCGUGAUUUCCCGAACACUUACAAACAGAAAUGGCACUUUAUCAUGAACUUCAGCUGUGGAUCAACACUGUCUUUACCUCAAACAUCAUAUUUGUAGCCUUCUUUGCAAAAUAAAUUUUUACCAAACAGA